GCAGAUGCGACCCCUGCACUGGUGGUCACUGCUUGCUAAGGGUUAUACCUCAGUCUGACUCUCUAGUGCCGCUUUUAUUUAUUUGUUUAUUCCCCCUGAAAAGUAAGAGGACAGGAGUAUUCUGGCUAUCACAGUGACUGAGUCCGCCCCGGGCUGUUGGACCCACUGCCUUAUUCACUUUACUGGCUUUAAGAAUGGCACCGAAAGUAACAACAGAAAUCCUGCGUCAGCUGCGGCAGGCCAUGCAUUCAUCUAGGACUCUCUCCCAGCCAAUCCAGGCUUACAUUGUUCCUUCUGGGGACGCACACCAGAGUGAAUACAUUGCGCCAUGUGACUGCCGGCGAGCAUUUAUAUCAGGCUUUGACGGCUCUGCAGGCACAGCCAUCGUUACGGAGCAGAGUGCAGCGAUGUGGACAGAUGGGCGCUACUUCUUGCAGGCCGCUCAGCAAAUGGAUAGCAACUGGACGUUAAUGAAGAUGGGUAUAAAGGAAACACCCUCCCAGGAGGAUUGGCUGCUAAAUGUACUCCCAGAGGGCUCACGAGUUGGAGUUGAUCCGUUUCUGAUACAGACAGAUCAGUGGAAGAGCAUGUAUGUUUCCCUGAAGAAUGGCGGGCACCACCUUGUUCCUGUGCAAGAGAAUCUCAUAGAUACUAUCUGGGCAGACCGCCCCCUUCGGCCAUGCCAACCACUGAUGACUUUGGGACUAAACUACACAGGGUUGUCGUGGGAAAAGAAAAUUGAAAAUCUACGGACCAAAAUGGUGGAGAGGAAAGCGUCCUGGAUUGUCCUCACAGCUCUCGAUGAAGUUGCCUGGCUGUUUAACCUUAGAGGCUUAGAUGUGGAGUACAAUCCAGUGUUUUUUGCCUAUGCCAUCGUAGGACUGGACAGCAUCCGGCUGUUUAUUAGCGGUGACCGUGUGGACGAUCCUGCUGUUAGAAAACAUUUGCUACUUGACUCUUCUCCUCCAGUUGAAUUUCGCAUCCAGCUGGAGCCCUAUGACUCUGCGCUUCCUGCGCUGCAGAACAUUUGCCGUGCUCUGAAUGCCAAGGAGAAAGUGUGGUUCACUGAUAAGGCCAGUUAUGCCCUGACCGACGCCGUGCCCAAGACCCACAGGUACCUCACUCAGUACACUCCAGUGUGUGUAGCGAAAGCCGUAAAAAACACUUCAGAAAUUGAAGGCAUGAAAAGAGCGCAUGUUAAAGAUGCUGUUGCACUUUGUGAGUUUUUUGCCUGGCUCGAGAAAGAGAUUGUUAAAGAUACAGUCACAGAAAUCUCCGCUUCUGAUAAGGCUGAAGAGUUUCGCAGCCAGCAGGAGGAUUUCGUAGAACUCAGUUUUGCUACAAUUUCCAGUACAGGACCUAACGGUGCCAUCAUCCACUACAAACCUGUUCCUGAAACAAACAGGACGUUGUCGGUUAAUGAGAUCUUCCUCCUGGACUCUGGUGCGCAAUACAAGGACGGUACUACUGAUGUGACCAGAACUGUGCAUUUUGGAACGCCGACUGACUAUCAAAAGGAAUGCUUCACGUAUGUUUUAAAAGGACACAUCUCUGUGAGCGCUGCCGUCUUCCCCAACGGAACCAAAGGGCACCUCCUUGACUCCUUUGCUCGCUCAGCAUUGUGGGAGUCUGGUCUGGAUUACUUACAUGGGACUGGACAUGGGGUCGGAUCCUUCCUGAAUGUUCAUGAGGGGCCGUGCGGCAUCAGCUACAAAACGUUUGCAGAUGAACCGUUGGAAGCUGGAAUGAUUCUUUCUGAUGAGCCGGGGUACUACGAAGAUGGUUCCUUUGGCAUCAGAAUUGAGAACCUGGUUCUGGUGGUUGCUGCUAAAACAAAGUAUGACUUCAGAAACAGAGGAAGCCUGACAUUUGAGCCCAUUACACUGGUACCCAUACAGACAAAAAUGAUCAGUGCGGAUUUACUGACACAGAAAGAGAUUGACUGGGUUAACGCGUAUCACAAGAAAUGCAGAGAUGUCGUUGGAGCUGAGCUGGAAAAACAAGGGCGUCAUGAGGCCCUCCAGUGGUUGAUUAAGGAAACACAGCCCAUUUCCAAAUUACAGUAGCACUUAUGUAGCCGAUUUGUUGUAUCACAUUGCAGCCUAUUGUACCUGAAGAUGUUAAUGCCAAAGUACUUGCUAUGGGUUAUACAAUAGAACAUUUUCUUUUUUAAAGAAAAAUAAAACUAUUUAAUUGACUCCUCUUCCAGUCAAUCAACACAGCGACAAAACAAAAACAAGGCAACAUAAGGAUUAAUCCCACAAGGUAAAACAACAUUGAUAUUGUUGUUGGUGUUUUGUUUUUCCCAUGCAGAGCAAGUUAGUGCGUUUUUAAAAUUCUAAUAAUCAAAAUAUAUUGUUCCCCCUAAACAACAUCUCAACUGAGCAGUUAUUUAACACAACAAGAGUCUCAGACCUUCAUGUACACCAAGAAACAUACAUUGAAUCCAAAUGAUCUGACGGUCUUUGUUGAGAUGGAGAGGAGCAGUGAUAAGUAUCCAGAUUGAAAGCACAGUAGUAGGGGGGUGCUUUGUGGCCCCUAGGGCAUAGGUUGGACAAGCCUUUUAUGAAAGAUUUGUUUUAUCCCUGUGGUGUUUUACUGUGAGAAGCUUUAUUUUAGUUCCUUGCUACAUACAGCAGCCACCAUCUUGUGUAUUUAUGUUUUCCUGACGGCACUUAUAGCUCCGCCCCUAACUCAUGUAAGCUGGACCAACUACGUGGCAACCUCAGUCAGCUCAUUUAGUAUAAAGGGUUCAUAGAAUAUUAAAACAAUUUAUAGGAAUUACUUUUUGGGUGUUAUGCAUAGUUAAAAAAAGAAAGAAAUUGUAAUGUACUCUAUUUAUUUUACCAGCUUUUUCUGUAAUUGUCUUUUCCCAUUGAUCCAAGAAUACUGACCCUGCAACAAGGUUACAAAUGUUGUUCAGGAGCACUUAUCUCUAUCUCUAAUUGACUACAGCAAGGGAGGUAAGGUAAAAAAAACCUAAAAGGGACAUUACAUUCGUUAUUAAUUUUAAGCUUAGUGACCCUGUACCUCCUGUGUUUUGAGCCAAUCAGCAGUGCUAGUUGCACAUUACGGUUGGGCUGAUAGGCUCAGUGUCAGUGAUCAGGAUCAGCAGUGGGAGUUAAACACAUAGAGGCGUAUGGUCGCUAGUCUUAAAAUUACAUUGAGCAUGUGAUUUUUGGAGUGUUAUGGCCCUUUAAGAGGCUUUCAAGGGAUAGAUCACUGGUUUGCUAACAAAAUGAGCAUUUACUUUAUAUGUAGAGCUUUUGUACUCCGGAUAUAUAAAAUGUGUUGUGACACAAUGAAGAUACUUGAACCUGACCGUGUAGAUCAGAUGAGCAAAUUCUUAUUUCAGAGACAGCUUUUCAGGGUAGAACAAAUACAAUUCAGUUGUGACAUAGCUGCUGCUAAAUCCUAAUAAACUAUUGGAUGUAAUAACUAUAUUUAUAUUAAUAGAAACCUCCCUUGUUGUCCUGUAUAUUAAUGUAUCUCUGUGUACACCAGGACACCAGAUGUUUGUGUCACUACUGUAUCAUGGCAGCUAGUUGGGAUUUCUUUCCAGUAAGAAGUAAAAUACUUGAACUCGCUCACCUUUACAUUAUAGUUAUAGAUCUAAUGACGGUGCUCAAUUUCAUAUCUAUUAACUUGUUAAUAAGUAGGUUACACACAGGUGCUGUCUUUAGCAUUUGGCACCUUUGGGAUGUAGGACUUAGUAAAUAAGACAUCAGACUGUUAUAAAGUGGGUUCUACAGUGUGGGGGGGGGUUCUGAGGAAGUCUCGAGAGUUAAUUUAAACACAUAGAAUUUGUAUUAAUCUUAUUCCUAAAUGUUAUUUAGAUCAGCUGUGUCUUAACAUUAAGACAACAUAAAUGUCCCACUAAAUCUAUUGAAAACUGAUUGUUGUUGUUUCUGAGCCAACAUAAAUCUUGCUAAAGUUUUUAAUGGAUCUGUUGACAGAUUCGUUAUAAGCUUAAUGAGCUAUAGGACCUUUCUUUAUGCAAAGGUGCUAAUGUAUAACUUAAUAAGGGCAUUGUACCCAUUAAUGUGAAAAUGUCUAUAUGGAAGAUAAGUGUUUGAAAACUGUGAGUCUGUGCCUGAAUAAAGUUAUUUAAAUUGAAACUAAUAUACCAGUAUCUGCACCUAUUGCUAAUACUGAUUGGUUUAAAAGUGCUUCUUAGCAUUCCUAGGAAGUUAUUAACCAAUAAGCAUUAGAAGUACAUAUUGACCAAUAGGAGAAAUAAUCUGUUAGCCAAUAAUUAUUUGUACUGCUGGUACAGCUUUUAUCUCAAAUUUUUCAUGCUAAACAAUCGACGUUUAAGUGCUUUCAUGUGACAUCAUUUUUGGGCUACAGUGUCUAUUUAAGGUACAUUGUUCAGACUAUGUUAAAGGGACAGUUUACUCAAAAUAUUUCUCCCCUUUAAUUUGUUCCCAAUGAUCCACUUAACCUGCUGGAGUUUAUUAUAUUGUUUACAGGUAGCUCCUUUACCCUUAUAUUGGCAUUUUAAAUAGUUGAUUUAGCAUGUGGUAUCCCCACCUAUUCUGAAAGUUUGUGGCCGCAGGUCCAAGCUAUAGAUAAGCUUUGUAAACACAGCUAGCAGAAGAAAUUACACUCCCAGUAGGAUAUAGCAGAGAUAAGGUAAUAAAAUGUUGAUUUUCCAUUGUUCUCUCCAAGUACUGGUGAUUGGUUUAUGGACAGAUAUAAGAUAAAGAAGCAGGUUUAUGAACACAAUGUGAUACAGUAAUGAGAUCUGAUUAUACCUACAAGCUCAACCCAUUUUAUUAGGUUGUGGCUUCAAAACACAAAAUAAGAGCUUAAAUAUACACAAAUAAACCUUAAAAAGCAAAUUUUCAUACAUUUUUACCCUGCAGUUGGCAAAAAAAGCAAUUGUAAACACAUUAAAGGAAAAAACAAUUUUACAGUAUACUGUCCCUUUAAGAUCCUUCCAGCUAUGACAUCCUAUCAAUUCAGAUUUGGUCAUAUAGCAUUCUGCCAGCAAAGACCUCACACUGUUGGGGAUAGUGGUAAUUUAUCUUUACAUCAAUUGUUUUGUAAUUAAAUGCAAAUAAAAAUAAAAUGUACUGUUGUGUGA